AUGCCAGGCUCUAGCUCAUCUAGCUCCUCGGAUUCCGAGGGCUCCUACACAACGAGGAUGCUUGCCCGGGCCAAGCAUGAAAAGCAAAAGCUCGAGGAAACCGCUCGCUCAAGUUUCCCGUCGCUAUCGCGGUUUCUGAAAGACGAACCCCCAUCUUCGUCCACGGGCUCAUUGUCGCUGACGCACUCGAAUACCAAUGGAGAUGAUGCAGGGAGUACUGAUAUCGUCCAGAGAUCAUUAUUGGCACCAUCCGCGAAGCCCUCCUCGUGGCCAGUCAGAUCUUCUAGUCUUGCGCCUAUGCUGAGGCGAAACCCGGAGGAUGCACCGCAUACGACCGACUACGGUACUAUAGAUCCAAAGGAACCGAGGACAUGCGCAGGUAGACUGCGAGAACUGUGGUCUUCAAUACCCAUAUGCUGUGGAAGGAAGAGUGACGAAGGUCCGGACUGA